AUGAGCACCGAUACAAACCUUCCACCUGGUAAUGAUACCUGUAUGGCACAGUUUGAGGAGAUAAAACCCCCAGCCGGAGGAAGAUUGGAUCAAGUGGCCCCAUCAGAAGCUCAGUCCUUGGCUGGAUCGCGUGCCAUUCCAACUUGCGACUUCGCGAUGAUUGUAGACGACACACAGAAAGAGCUUGAGAAAGAAAGGGAAGAACAUCAAUCUACUAAGGUGGCCCUAGAAAAAGCGCAACAGGAAGCAGAGAAGUACCGCAAGUCUUGGAAGCAGUCGGUGAAUGAAUUGAACCGCCACCUACGACAGGGUCGAGGCUUUAACCAGUUGACCGACGAGGAGCUCCUUCGGGAUGUAUCCGAGCUGCGGUUUAAUAUUCGCAGCUUUGCCGUACAGCAUUUUGAGCAUGAACUGGGCAGCGUCACCAUCGUCCCGGAUGAUUACGAUGUAAUCAAUAGAUACGUACCCCUUCACGAGCAAGACUUCGAUGCCUACAUACGAAACAAGACUCUGCGUCCUGACCUCAUGCAAGCUUUUAUUUGGAGGGUAUUUUUCGUUUUGAUAUUCGACCACAAGUUUCGCUGGGCUGGGAAUGAGGCGGGUACUCUAAUGAAGAAGAUGGUUGAGUUGUUCGGGCCCGGAUAUGCGGACAAUAAGACUGAUGCACGCAUUGCAGAUCCACUGGUGAAAAUAACAGAGGACAAGGUCCCAGACCCACUGCGCAAGUUUCACUCGUGGCGAGCGAACACUAGUACCAUGCUCAUUCAUCUCAAAAGCUUGGACGAAAACAUUCCACGGGAUGACGUUCAUGACUUUGCUACACGUCAAAGCUUGGCACUGAACAAAUGGCUGUGUCGUUUCUCGCACUCAGAUCCAGAAAUGCUCCAUAGCCAGUUGACCGACCUGAUCAAACAGACUGUACGCUUAGAUCAGGAUCUGAGCAGACAAGUUGCCUCAAUUCGAUGGUCCUUUGCCAGAGGCUUGUCGCUUAUGUUUAACCCCUCCUCCAUGACCCUUCCGUCCAACUAUCAGGUACCCAGCGAGGCUCUCAAGGUGAGGCUUGUGCUAGCACCAGGUAUUACCAGACGUGGGCGAUCUUCAGGGGACCAAUUUGAUAAGAUAGUUCUAUUGUUGAAAACAGAGGUCACCUGCGAGGAUCCGAACACUGUACUAGCAGAUCUUUCGAGCGAUGGAAUCAUGGAACGAGUGCGGAAGUCCUACAGGCCGUGA